GCUCUUGUUUCUGUCAAUCUUUUCGCAGUUCAGACUAUAAAAUAUGUUCAACCCACGAAUAGGAGUCUUUGGCAUAUUGAUGCUCUUGUUCGGCAUCCGCGCGAUGGCAUUGGAGGUAUUUGAUGGUGCAUGUCCAUCAAACAUGACAGCCGUUGGUGAUUUAGAUAUGCAAAGAUACCUGGGCAAAUGGUACACGCACUCAAUGUAUCCAUCCCUUUUUAAGAAAGUCACCAAAUGUCGAUCGAUCCAAUUUGAUAAGUUGCCCAAUGGUAAAUUUAGCGCAAAAAUGACGGAGCUACACAGCAUAAAGGAGACUUUGGUCAUCAAAAAAGCGGAUAUUGAUUCCGUGGAAUCAAAGGCUGGCAAAAUCAGAUUGAAAACAUCAGCCCCUGCCUUUGUUGGCGGCGAGGAGAUGUAUGUGCUGGUCACUGACUAUGAUAAAUUUGCUAUUCAGUUCUUGUGCAUUGACGCCAAAAGCAUUUUUAACUUGCAAUAUGCUGCCAUACUGACACGCCAACGGUCACCAUCGCAGACCGUAGUAUUCCUGGCUCAACAACUGGCCCAACAAGCUGGCAUUCGAAUUGAUAAACUGAAAGUCGUUUCUCAAAAUGGCUGCCCACCCGAUACAUAACAGAUUCUAUAUACAUUAACUGGGGUUUAUUUUAUACCAUUGAAAGUAUAAUCAAAAAAUCAUAUUAAAUAUCAUUGAAUCAAAUUAAA